CUCUCUCGUCUUGGAGGAACAGAGUGGAGGCUGUGAGGUAAUAGUGCGCAAGAGGGGGUGGUGGAGAGAAAGAGAGCGCGCGUGUGUGUGAGAGAGAGACUGGAUAUAGGACAGGCAUCAAACGAAAGCUCUCCUGCAGACUGGUCGGGAUCCCUUCGGCCCCUCGGUCCUUCAGACGCAUCAGCAGAGUUGCUGAAGACGCUCGGCAUCACAGAGGAAGGGGGAAGAACUGAGACACUCACAGAUCCCGGGCUUGGUGGCUGCAUGCUCAGUUGUCUCCAGCUUGAAAAGAACAUCUGUACUAAUCAGCAGGAAUCAUGGAUUUUGUAAUGAAGCAAGCUCUAGGUGGGGCCACCAAAGACAUGGGUAAGAUGUUAGGCGGGGAGGAGGAGAAGGACCCGGAUGCAGCCAAGAAGGAGGAGGAGCGACAGGAGGCACUGAGGCAGCAGGAGGAGGAGAGGAAGGCAAAACACGCCCGCAUGGAGGCAGAGAGGGAAAAAGUACGGCAGACCAUCAGGGACAAGUAUGGGUUAAAAAAGAAGGAAGAGAAGGAGGCGGAGGAAAAAGCGGCUAUGGAGCAAGCCUGCGAGGGAUCGCUGACACGCCCGAAGAAAGCGAUCCCGCGAGGCUGCGGAGAUGAUGAUGAGGAAGACGAAGAGAGCAUCCUUGACACCGUCCUCAAGUUUCUGCCUGGACCUCUACAGGACAUGUUCAAGAAGUAAAACUAAAAAACACAAAACAAAUCAAAUGAACCCUAAAAUCAGGGUCCGGUCUGGCCUGGGUGAGGCUGCGGGGCAGAGGGAGGAGGGGUUCUUUGGGUUAAUUGAAAAGAGACUGAGGAAAUUAUUUGUUGGGGUUUGAGUGUAGAUUCGGGGCAUGUUGAGG